AUGAGUAAUGGGGAGACCAGAAAGCAACGGCGCCCAUGCAGCUGGCCUGUCGCAGUUGUCGGCAACGCAGGUGUUUUCGCACUGCUGGCAACUCUGGCCAAGAACCGCUCUUGUUCAGGAAUAUCGCGAAGCACGCAGAUUCUCUACUGCCUUGUGUUUACGACAAGAUACCUGGAUCUGCUAGACAAGACGCAAGCCUUCUAUCUCGUGUUCUUCAAAAUCACGUACAUCGUCACAUCGAUCAUCGUGCUGGCGGUUUUCUACAAGCUUGAUGCGACGUACGAGCGUCAAAAGGAUACCUGCAGUUUAGCAGCCAUCCUGGUGCCUUGCAGCAUCAGCGCCAUUCUUCUAGCCGAGACGUACCAACCAUUUGACAUCCUAUGGACAUUCUCGCAGUUUUGCGAGGGUUUCGCCAUGGUUCCCCAGUACGUCUUCUGCUACAGGGAUAGGUUGGCGAAGGACGUAGGCGUGACCCUCUAUGUGCUGUCGAUGGGUGCCUAUCGAUGCUUCUAUGCCGCGAACUGGAUUUACAAGAAGGCACGUUGCCGGGCCCAGCUUUAG